AUGCUUCCCCGAUAAUAUCAAUAAGCUUAUGGCGUGCAUGGAAAAUAUCAAGAGUAACCCUAAUACAUGUUCUCGCCAUUUAAUUUAUAUUAACCUCUCCUGCCACCAAGACACUUGAUGUACGGAUUUAACACUCUCGGAAUUAAUACCCCAAAAAUUAUAAGACCAGCCGUGUAGAUUAUCCAAAAUAAUAUUUAGACAAAUAAUAGCAAUUCGGUACCACAUAUUACAAUGAAUCAUAAAUUAGUAUAUCCAAUACCAUUAGCAUAAAAUCACUUAUCAUAGAUCAGUUGGCAAGAUUAGAAAGAUAUUUAACUGGGAAUCGAUAUUUAGAAAAAGCCAUAUCAUUCCUUGGGAUCGUCGCUCGAUCUGAAUCUAAUAAAUAUGAAAUAAUUUUAAGAUUAGUCACUAAGUGAACUUAACCUAAAUAGAUAUAACAGUACAUAGAUUACUAUGAAAGAUAUUGAUUCACCCACAUUUAAUCCUCUUCUACUAGACACGAAAUAUUCUUCAAUGGAAUCGCAGAUUCUCGGAGAUUUAAAUCUAAUUCCAGAGCAGGAUCUUUUGUGUAAAAAAAUGGAAAAUUAAGAAACACACCACCCCGAAGAGAUAAGAAAUUUUGACAUUUACAAGCAACAAGAAAACCUGUACUAAUAAGUCAUUGAUUAAAAUCUGUAUCAAGACAAUGGGGAAUUCAUUUAACAAAGCUCUUUAUUGCAAUAGAGUAACGAGGAAGAGAAGUAUGUUAUCAAUUAAGAACGUAGGACCUUUGUUAAGAAUUAAGCUGCUUCAUAUAGCUUUAGGUUGGGGAGCUACCCCAAGAGAUUUGAAUUGAUAUACAAAAAUCUUUUGAGAGAUAUCCGAAAAUAUUUUUGGAAGCAAUUCAAUUAAAUGACGGAUUUUAAUACGUUCCGCAGACGACAGAGAAGACAACAGUACUAUCUGUAAUGUCUUAGAGAGUUUAUUGAAAAGAUCGUCAGCCCCGAUCUUAUAAGUAAAUCAUAGAUAUCAUUAGAGUCCAUCAUAUUUUAUCUAGGAAGUUUGAUCUACCCCAAAGAUAUGAUGAGUAACUAUACCAAAAAUUCACCUGAAAGAAAAGAGAUUACAACAAUCCAUGACAACUUAUAUAAGUUUUCAUUCAAAAGAUUAUAGAAAUUGUUGAAUGUGCCAGCGGUGGUACUUUUAAUGAUUGUAUAUGUUACUAACAGAGGAUUACACCGCAUUAACAAAAAUUCAAAGUUUAACCAGCAAGCUCCACUCUACCAAGAGGCACUUGUAAAAAUGAUUCAACUGAGCCCCUCUGGAUUACAGAUUCUAGAGAGAGCAAAUAUUUAACUAUCAGACUUCUAGUCAACCUUAUAAAUAGAGUGA